UUCCCUGUCCCACUCUAUCCUCUCUGCAUCCAAAAUCCCACCUCUCAAACCCUAAUUCUCUCUCUCUCUCUCUCUCUCUCUCUCUCUCUCUCACACAUUCUGAAUCUGUACAAACCGCUUUUGAAUAAUUUCCUAAACAAAGUUUCUCUCUUUCCAUUCCAAAAACGUAUUUUUUUAUCGUCCGUUUCUUUGUAACCUUCAUUACCCUGAUAAACUGUUCAAAUCCCGUCUAGGGUUUGAAUUAAAAUAUUCCAUCGCCCGUUUUCGUAACCUUCCUAAAAAAUAUCCAAACUCUUUUCGACGUCCGCUGUUGAAGUAAUUUUGUCGCAGUUUUUUUUUUUUUUUCUUUUUUGCAACUUUAUUUUGAUUAAAGCAAACUUUCCUCUCGCAAUUCGAUCGAACUGAGCAUUUUGAAUAGUUUUUGAUGGGUGGAGGCAACAGGAGGGAGGAAGGGUCACUGGUGAUUAAGAGUACCAACGUGUUUGCAGCCCUUGAAACCCUAAGGAAGAAGAAAAAGUCCGAAAAAUCGUCGAAAAGUAAGGGCCUGUCUUCGAAAUCUCAAGGGAAAGCGGCUGAGGAGCCGCCGCCGCUGUUCUGGAACCCGACACCGCUGACGGUGAAAUCGUGGGCCGAUGUGGAUGACGAAGACGAUGACGACUAUUACGCCACCACUGCCCCAAUUCAACCCGUUUGGGGUACGGCUGAAUCGGAGUUGAAGGAAGCCCCUGUAGAGGAAAGUGAAAGUGAAGAAGAUAUUCUUGAUGAAGGUGAUGAAGAGGUAGAGGAAGAACACGACCAAGAAUCAGAAGUCCAAGUACCACCUGAGCCUGAAGUGGUGAAGGCCCCUGAAGUAUCUUCAGCACCUAAAGAGGCAGAGAAACAGCUUUCUAAGAAGGAAAAGAAGAAAAAAGAUCUUGCAGAAUUUGAGGCUAUGUUGGCCGAUUUGCGAGUUGACCCCCAAACAGAUAAUGCCCAAGAUGAGUCACAAGAUGCGACGAAAGUGCAGAAAGAUGGAGAUGCUAGUGGAGUUGGAGACGAUGAGAAGAAGGAAAGCCUACCUUUGGAAUCCAAAAGUGCAAAGAAAAAGAAAAAGAAGGAUAAAUCUUCUAGGGAGGUUAGGCAACAGGAAGACCAACCCAACAGCUCAGAUGUGACCAAUGGGCUAGGGGAAAAUGCUGGGGCUGAAAAUGCAGAAGAAGAUGUGUCAGCUAUGGAUGUAAAAGAGCGGCUAAAGAAGAUGGCCUCUGUAAAGAAGAAGAAGUCCAAUAAAGAGUUGGAUAAUGCUUCCAAAGCUGCUGCUAUAGAGGCUGCUGCGAGAAGUGCAAAACUUGCUGCUGCAAAAAAGAAAGAGAAGAAUCACUAUAACCAGCAGCCAGUAAGGUGAAGAGCCCUUUUGGUUUGGCAAUUCGUACCAAUGGAAUCUCAGAUUUUUUAUUUGGCAAUGGGAAAUAAACAGUGGGCUAUGCGGGUCUAUUUUUUCUCUAACAGAUGAGCUUGCGCUGUGUUUGGAUCUCCAAUGUGUGGAUGGACUUGCUGAGGGAAAAGAAGAGCAUAGAAUCCGUUUUCUUUUUCCUCAACAAAUCCCUCCAUAUAGGCAACGAUCAAAUACAGUUUAUAUUAGUAAUUUUCACUAUGAUCACCCAGGGAAAAUGAGUUUUUUUGUGUAUUGUUGCAUAUCUAUCGUGUGACAUUUUUCAGAAGUUUUGUGCGUUCUUGUUCUGAUCUUGAUGGCAAUUGCAAUGGUUGCCUACUUUUAAAAA